AAAAGUACAAAUUAAUUUAAUUUUGAAAAUUAAAUGUUUAUAAGCACGAUGAAAUACCUAUUCGCUUUAUUACUUGCUAUUGGCGUCGCUGGCGCGCCCACACUAUCAACUGUAUCGAGCAACAGUUGUAUGAGUGACUGUACCGCAAAUUCGAUUAACGAUAUUGCAAAAUUUGUUAUCAAUAACAGCAAUUUGCUACCUUCGCUCAUACAGAAGAUCCAAGAAGCCAGAUUGAAUGUUGAUGAAAGUGGAAGCCAUCUUGGAAGUGGACCCAAUCAAGGCGGAAGUGGACUCGGCAAUCUUUUUGUCCCCGCCUCAGGCAUUUCCGGAAAUCUCGGCAAUUUUGGCAAUGGACCUUCAAAUGGUGCAAGCGGCAGCAGUGGCAAUAGCAGUGGUAGUAGUGUGACCAGCGGAUCUUCUCCAUCAAGUGGUUCAGGGUCAGAUUCACCGAUCAGUACUUUAUCAAUCACCAGCGCACUGUCCGGUUUGGGUGGUGCAUCACCUCUGAGUACUGUUCUCAACAAAAUUAAAACCUUAGGCGUAGGUUCUUUAGACGGUUUGGUGAGUAAACUUCCAUCGUCCGCAUUGAAUCAAAUAGUCGAUCCAUCUUCGAUUGUCAAACAAUUGAGCGGUACAAAUGGAGGCCAGGUGCCAGCUUCAAGUGUCGUAAGUUUCAUAAUUGGUCAACUGCCAUCGUCUACUAUCGGCGAUAUUCAAAAACAAGACGGCAACGGAUUAGCCAGCCAAAGUGGAAAUGUAGUAGCAUUGGCAGCGGAAGUGGUGCUUUGGCCGGUCUCAUCAAGAAACUAGUGCCAAGCGGUAAAGUGGCUGCUUCAACAAUCCAAAAUUUUGCCAUCAUCGAUUUUGUCUGCUUUCAAUGCAUCGAUUCUCGAUGCAUCGAUUCUCAGCAAAUUUACUUCUAUCACCGGAACACUACCAACUAGUCGCCUCGCCAGUCUACUGUCAUCAAGUGGCAUCGCAUCAACACUCGAAACACUCACAUCGAAUGGAGCCAAUCAAGUUGGCCAAAUUGUUCAGACCAUCGGAAAUGCUGCUGGCCAAGCAAUAGGACAGGUUUCAAACUCAGCUAGCGAUUCGGGUCAAGCCACGAGCGGCGUUGUAAAUGGGGCUGGACAAUGGAGUUGUAAAUGGAGCGGAAUUAGUGGUGUGUCCGAUCUAGCAUCGGGACAAGUUUCAAAUACAGCAAAUGGAUUGAGCGAUCAAGCUGGUCAAGAUAAGCAUUUCUUUUCUUUAUUCACAUCGAUAUUUUCAAAGUUUCUUAAACAUCAGAAUAAUAUUUGGGCUCAAUUUCCAACCAUUUGCGAUUGGCGUCUAAAAGAUCUUUCGAAACUUUACAUUGUUUACAUUUUAUUUGAACAUUCACACGACCUUUAAUCAAUGCCAAAAUCCAUUUGAAAUCAUCCGAUUCGACAAUCAUGUGCAACAACCAAAAUUUUAACCUUUUCAAAUUAUUUCCAAAUGCAAGAAUUU